GCGGCCUCAGCCCUGCCCCUCCCUUCCUCCCUCCCUCCCUGCCGCCCUACCACGUAGGAGUUCACCUUCUCCACCGAGGCGUCUAGAUUUCCUUUGCUUCUCUGGAAACGAGAGAGGUGGAGGGAGGCGACGCGGCUGCAAAGGAGAGGCUCGCCCAGGCGGCCCGCCUGCAAAGUGUUGCGUUGACACCUCCUGGCUGUGGAAGUUCAGGGGAAAAACUCCGGACGCGGAGCUGCUGGCCAGAAGGAGACCGGGGAAGGAAACCAGUAGGCAGGCCAAUGGUUUUCCGGCAGCGCGCUGGCAAGUUUGUGGAACACUUUCUAGGAAUUAGAUCUUCUUCCUCUCCCUUCCUCGUCCUGACUUCUGAAGAAAGAACUUGGUUUUGGAUUGCAAUGGAGCCCGAGGAGUGAGGGUGAGACACACUUGAAUAAUCCCUCCGACUGGGCUGCAUUUGUGGGAAUUUAGGAAGCCCGAGUGGAAAUACAGCAGCCUUCGGUGCACCCUCUGUUCAUUUGGAUGAAUCUAAAUGUACUCCAUCCAGGACCGCUCCACUAAGCCCUCUCAUCUUGCGAUUUGCUCUCCUUGACUUUAAUUAGCAUCUAGGAAAGUCUGAACUUUGGACCUACCUCUUCUUUUGAUACUUAUUUUUGUACUUUUGCUCUCUGGGAUUGGUUUCUUAAAACAAUCUGGAUCCUUUUUAAUAUGUCAAAAUGAGUCGGCUGAUGUUUACACAACUACUGCUCUGUGGAUUUUUAUAUGUUCCCGUUGAUGGAUCUCGUCUUCGUCAGGAAGACUUUCCCCCACGGAUUGUGGAGCACCCCUCAGACGUCAUUGUUUCCAAGGGAGAGCCCACCACAUUGAACUGUAAGGCAGAGGGCCGGCCAACACCCACCAUUGAGUGGUAUAAAGAUGGUGAGCGGGUGGAGACGGACAAGGAUGAUCCGCGCUCCCACAGGAUGCUGCUGCCCAGCGGAUCCUUGUUCUUCUUGCGCAUUGUGCAUGGUCGCAGAAGUAAGCCUGAUGAAGGAAGCUACGUUUGCGUUGCAAGAAACUAUCUUGGUGAAGCAGUGAGUCGGAAUGCAUCUCUGGAAGUGGCAUUGUUACGCGAUGACUUCCGGCAAAAUCCCACAGAUGUUGUGGUGGCAGCUGGAGAGCCUGCCAUCCUGGAGUGCCAGCCCCCCCGAGGUCACCCUGAACCCACCAUCUACUGGAAGAAAGACAAAGUUCGAAUUGAUGACAAGGAAGAAAGAAUAAGUAUCCGUGGUGGAAAACUGAUGAUCUCCAAUACCAGGAAAAGUGAUGCAGGGAUGUAUACCUGUGUUGGCACCAAUAUGGUGGGAGAAAGAGACAGCGAUCCAGCAGAGCUGACUGUUUUUGAACGACCCACAUUUCUCAGGAGACCAAUUAACCAAGUGGUGCUGGAGGAAGAAUCAGUCGAAUUUCGUUGUCAGGUCCAGGGAGAUCCUCAACCAACUGUGCGGUGGAAGAAGGAUGAUGCAGACUUGUCAAGAGGAAGAUAUGACAUCAAAGAUGACUACACGCUGAGAAUUAAAAAGGCCUUGAGUGUAGAUGAAGGCACUUACAUGUGUAUUGCCGAGAAUCGGGUUGGAAAAGUGGAAGCCUCUGCCACCCUGACUGUUCGAGCUCGCCCUGUUGCUCCUCCACAGUUUGUGGUUAGGCCAAGAGAUCAGAUUGUUGCACAAGGUCGAACAGUGACAUUUCCCUGUGAGACUAAAGGGAAUCCACAGCCAGCUGUGUUUUGGCAGAAAGAAGGCAGCCAGAACCUGCUUUUCCCAAACCAACCACAGCAGCCCAAUAGCAGAUGUUCUGUGUCACCAACUGGAGACCUCACGAUUACCAACAUUCAACGUUCAGAUGCGGGUUACUAUAUUUGCCAGGCCCUAACUGUGGCAGGAAGCAUUUUAGCAAAAGCUCAACUGGAAGUUACUGAUGUUUUAACAGAUAGACCUCCACCCAUAAUUCUACAAGGCCCAGCCAACCAAACACUAGCAGUAGAUGGCACAGCAUUACUGAAAUGUAAAGCAACUGGUGAUCCUCUUCCUGUAAUUAGCUGGUUAAAGGAGGGAUUCACUUUUCUGGGUAGAGAUCCAAGAGCAACUAUACAAGACAAAGGAACAUUGCAGAUUAAAAACUUACGGAUUUCUGAUACUGGAACUUAUACUUGUGUGGCUACAAGUUCAAGUGGGGAGACUUCCUGGAGUGCUGUGCUGGAUGUCACAGAAUCUGGAGCAACAAUCAGUAAAAAUUAUGAUUUAAAUGACCUGCCAGGACCACCAUCCAAACCACAGGUCACUGACGUUACUAAGAACAGUGUCACCUUGUCCUGGCAACCAGGUACCCCUGGGACCCUCCCGGCAAGUUCAUAUAUCAUUGAGGCAUUCAGCCAAUCAGUGAGCAAUAGUUGGCAGACAGUGGCAAACCAUGUAAAGACCACCCUCUAUACAGUGAGAGGACUGCGGCCCAAUACAAUCUACUUAUUCAUGGUCAGAGCGAUCAACCCCCAAGGUCUCAGUGACCCAAGCCCUAUGUCAGAUCCUGUGCGCACACAAGAUAUCAGCCCUCCAGCACAAGGAGUGGAUCACAGACAAGUACAGAAGGAACUAGGAGAUGUCAUUGUUCGUCUUCAUACUCCAGUUGUAUUGACACCCACGACUGUUCAAGUCACAUGGACAGUGGAUCGGCAGCCCCAGUUUAUUCAAGGCUACCGUGUGAUGUAUCGCCAGACCUCGGGCCUGCAGGCCACACCAACAUGGCAGAAUUUAGAUGCUAAAGUCGCAAAUGAGCGAAAUGCUGUCCUAGUCAAUCUGAAAAAGGGGGUAACUUACGAAAUUAAAGUUCGACCUUACUUUAAUGAGUUCCAAGGAAUGGAUAGUGAAUCCAAAACAGUUCGUACUACCGAAGAAGCCCCAAGUGCUCCUCCACAAUCUGUCACUGUGCUGACAGUUGGAAGCCACAACAGCACAAGUAUUAGUGUUUCCUGGGAUCCUCCUCCUCCAGAUCAUCAGAAUGGAAUCAUUCAAGAAUACAAGAUCUGGUGUCUGGGAAAUGAAACACGAUUUCAUAUCAACAAAAGUGUGGAUGCAGCCAUUCGAUCUGUAAUAAUUGGAGGAUUAUUCCCAGGUAUUCAAUACCGGGUAGAGGUUGCAGCAAGUACCAGUGCAGGGGUUGGAGUGAAAAGUGAACCACAACCAAUAAUAAUCGGCGGACGUAAUGAAGUUGUCAUUACUGAAAACAAUAACAGCAUAACUGAGCAAAUCACUGAUGUUGUGAAGCAACCAGCUUUUAUAGCUGGUAUUGGUGGUGCCUGCUGGGUAAUUUUGAUGGGUUUUAGCAUCUGGUUGUAUUGGCGAAGAAAGAAGAGAAAGGGACUCAGUAAUUAUGCUGUUACAUUUCAAAGAGGAGAUGGAGGACUAAUGAGCAAUGGAAGCCGCCCAGGUCUUCUAAAUGCUGGGGACCCCAAUUAUCCGUGGCUUGCUGAUUCAUGGCCAGCCACAAGCUUGCCAGUCAACAAUAGCAAUAGUGGCCCAAAUGAGAUUGGGAAUUUUGGGCGUGGAGAUGUGCUGCCACCGGUUCCAGGCCAAGGGGAUAAAACAGCAACGAUGCUCUCAGAUGGAGCCAUUUAUAGCAGCAUUGACUUCACAACCAAAACCACUUACAACAGCUCUAGCCAAAUAACACAGGCUACCCCAUAUGCCACGACACAGAUCCUGCAUUCCAACAGCAUUCAUGAAUUGGCUGUUGAUCUGCCUGAUCCACAAUGGAAAAGCUCAAUUCAGCAAAAAACAGAUCUGAUGGGAUUUGGUUAUUCUCUACCUGAUCAGAAUAAAGGUAACAAUGCCUUACUUUACAUCCCUGACUACCGAUUGGCUGAGGGAUUGUCUAAUAGAAUGCCACACAACCAGUCACAGGAUUUCAGCACCACCAGCUCUCACAACAGCUCAGAGCGGAGUGGCAGUCUCUCAGGUGGGAAAGGUGGAAAAAAGAAGAAAAAUAAAAACUCAUCUAAACCGCAGAAAAACAAUGGAUCGACUUGGGCCAAUGUUCCUCUACCUCCUCCCCCUGCCCAGCCCCUUCCUGGUUCAGAGCUGGAACACUACGCAGUGGAACAGCAAGAAAAUGGCUAUGACAGUGAUAGCUGGUGCCCACCAUUACCAGUACAAACAUACUUGCAUCAAGGCAUGGAAGAUGAACUGGAAGAAGACGAUGACCGUGUCCCGACACCUCCUGUCCGAGGAGUGGCUUCGUCUCCGGCUAUUUCCUUUGGGCAGCAAUCCACCGCAACGCUCACUCCAUCCCCACGGGAAGAGAUGCAACCCAUGCUGCAAGCUCACCUGGAUGAGCUGACAAGGGCCUAUCAAUUUGACAUAGCGAAGCAAGCAUGGCACAUUCAAAGCAAUAAUCAACCUCCACAGCCCCCGGUUCCACCAUUAGGUUACAUGUCCGGAGCCUUGAUUUCUGAUUUGGAAACAGAUGUUCCAGAUGAUGAUGCUGAUGAUGAGGAGGAGGCUUUAGAAAUCCCCAGGCCCUUGAGAGUGCUAGAGCAGACGCCCGGAUCCAGUAUGGACAAUCUGGAUAGCUCUGUGACAGGCAAAGCCUUUACCUCUUCUCAAAGGCCUCGACCAACUAGCCCAUUUUCUACUGACAGUAACACCAGUGCAGCCCUGAGUCAAAGUCAGAGGCCUAGGCCAACUAAAAAACACAAGGGAGGGCGAAUGGACCAACAACCAUCAUUGCCUCAUCGAAGGGAAGGAAUGACAGAUGAUCUUCCACCACCACCAGACCCCCCUCCAGGUCAGGGUAUAAGGCAACAAAUAGGCCCGAGCCAGCAUGUUGGUAACGUGGAAAACUCAACAGAGAGAAAAGGAAGCUCUCUGGAGAGACAACAAGCAUCCAACUUAGAAGACACAAAGAGCUCAUUGGAUUGUCCAGCUAGAACGUCCCUAGAGUGGCAGCGACAAACCCAGGAAUGGAUUAACUCCACAGAACGCCAAGAAGACAUACGGAAAGCCCUACACAAACAAGGUGUUGGACCAGAGGAGACCUUGGUGCCCUACAGCAAGCCCAACUUUCCGUCUCCAGGAGGUCACAGCUCAUCCGGAACAGCGUCUUCUAAAGGAUCCACUGGACCUAGGAAAGCUGAGGUGCUGAAGGGGGGCCACCAGCGCAAUGUCAGCGACCUUCUUGACAUAGGCUAUAUGGGCUCAAAUAGUCAAGGACAGUUUACAAGUGAAUUAUAGUAACUGAGAUGAGACAUGCAAAGCUGCUCUGAAGGACCAUCAGGUCUGAACUCAUGGAAGUGAUGACACUUAAACAGUGCAAUGAACAAUUUCUUUAUUUAUGUACUAUUAAAAGAACUGUAAAUGCAAUGUAAAGACACACAGCCACACAUAUCCCACAGAUAUUUUCCUUGUGUUCUUCUGUUACGUACACCACCCACCUUAACUCUUUCUUGUCAGGAGUAAACAAAAAAGAAAGAAAACAAAGCUCGCCCUCCAGGAAGCAAAGGAUUUCCUCUGUAUAUAAUUUCUUUUGUGCAUUGCUAUGCAAGCUCACUCUUUUUAGCUCUGUUCACAUUAUUGUCUGUUCUUAUUGGUCUGUUGUACUAUAUGUGAAUUAAUAGGCUGUGGUGCCAUAUAUUAACUUUUAAUUGUGUAACUUUUAUGUUUAAAUUUUGCACUGCAAUUUUAUUUGGUGAUAAGCACAAAUCUCUACUCCUCGUGACAUGAAGAAAAAGACUGAAUGUGAAGGGAGUUGCUGUACUGUAAGCUAGGUUGGAUAACGCUGAUUGUAACCAAUCACGUUGGAUGGUUUUUGGUUGGGCUAUAGAAAUAGGAAGAUGUGAAGGACAGUGGUGUUAGUGAAGUCUUCUUUGAACAUCAGGGACCAAGUCAAUAAAAAAUAAAAAAAAAAGCAGAAUGGUGGCUUUUACUGUUGAUAAAAGUGUGGGUCAAAAGAAGGAAGUUUAAGACUUAAGACUGAAUAGGCAUUAAACUAUACAAGUAGCGAAGAUAUACUAAACUUGCUUUAAGACAUAAUAAGGAAAUUAAAGCUAUAUUUAGAAUCAGCUUUACCUCUUGUUGUAAUUGACCCAUCUGAGAAUUGCAACAAGCAAAAGGAAAUUAAGGUGUUUCACAAGAGCUGUAUUUAUAUUACAGUUUUUUUUAAAAAAAAAGCAUUUUCUGAAUUAACAUAAUUAAUCUCUCCAACUCAUUAAGUCAGAAUAUAAUAUGAUGUUCCCCAAGGAAACAAACCAAAUGAACUCUAGAAUAUCCAGCAAAUAGUUAAAGAGGCAAUUUAUUGUUAGGACAUACUCGGGCUGCUUCGAAAUACAAAAACUCUAUUGCAAUAUCUUGUUUCAUCUUUCUAAUACAUGUACAGUACACACUAGAGGAUAGAGCUGCAUCACUUCAAUUCAUGACUUUUAAAAUAAUAAUGCAGUCUAUAUGCAACUUUGUGUUUCAUUUGAUGAAAAAGUGAAGUUUAUGCCACCAAAUGUACAGCCAACUUGUAAGUGCUUAAAAAGCAGUGCUCAGAGUAUGUUCAGUUCACAGUAAGUAGACUUAUUGGAAUAAAUAUUUUAUGGUACACUUUCAGAAAUGGGCUACCAACUAAAAUAUGUUUGACCCAUUUUGAAUGAGUAAAUUGAAAAGAAAAAUUGAAAAGGAGAAAAAUGCAUGUUUAUACACUUUUUAAAUAAAACCGAACCUGGUAAAUGGACAUUAA